AUGGAGAACAAAAACCAAGUAUCACAACAAGUGGAUGUAUCUAACAAAAGUAAUGCUCAAUUGCCGGAUGGUCUCAACGGGAAAAACAGUUUCGCGAUGGAAAACAAUCUUCCCUUUGAUCCAGAAAUCGGUGGUUCAGCUCUGUCUAUUUCGGAUGAAAAUGCUGAUUUAAUCACACAUAGGAUUGAUUAUGAGCCUUCGGAGCUUGAUUUACAAAUAACUGUAAAAAAUAUUAAAACACGUAUUGUGGCGGAAGGUGACAAAAAUGAUGCAACCGUUGAUGAGCUUCUGGCCGUUGUGGAUCAACUGAUGACUUUCGAAUUUGGGCGAUUUUUACUACAGAAUCGAGGAUUGAAUGGGUAUUGGACUCAGUAUGCGAUUUUAUAUCCUAAGUGGAGUCAAACUUUAGAAAAACAAGAUUCUAUUACUGAUUUCGAACGAUGGAUUUUGGAAAAAGCGCCUACAAUCCGUGCAUCACAAGAAAGGUUCAUUAUUGUUCAAAAAUUAAUACAAGAUUUCAUAGAGAAGCAUCCUCAAGAAAACAUAGUAUUAGCAUCACUUCCUUGUGGAGUGAUGGAUGAAUUAUUAACACUUGAUUUGCCAAAAAAUCAGAGUAUUAAGUUUGUUGGUAUCGAUUUAGAUCAACAAUCUCUCGUUGAAGCAAGGGAGAAUGCUAAAAAAUUGGGUUUAGAAUCAAGAUCAGAACUACAUCGGAUGGAUGCCUGGAAAAUGGAUGUGGUCGAACAAUUCGAUCUGUUGACCAGUCAUGGUUUAAAUAUCUAUGAAAAAGAUGAUAGAAGAGUUACAGAGCUUUAUAAAAAGUUUUAUACUGCAUUAAAACCAAAUGGAGCACUAGUAACAAGUUUUCUAACUCCUCCGCCUUCGCUUGACUCCACUUCUCCUCGCGAGAUGAAAAUUAUUAACCAAGACGAUCUUUUACGUCAGAAAAUACUUUUCUCGUAUGUUCUGCAAGGAAGGUUUCGAGCAUAUAGAACAGAAGCUAAGACUUUACAACAGCUUGAGGAAGCUAAUUUUAGAAAUGUUCAAAUUAUCUAUGAUAAAUGUAAAAUGUUUCCGACUGUAUUAGCAUUUAAAUAG